AAAAGAAAAGGCCCAGAUUGAGCACUGCACUGUGUUAUUGUUUGUCCGUCAAAGAGGAAGCAACAGAAUUGAUUUACACAGUUGGAUUGGAUUUAGUUUCUGCUGUGGGACAUGGACACUUUUGUUAAAAAUAAAUUACAUGAAUGGGGACUCAGCAAGUGGAUACCUUAUUUUCAAGUUGAAGAAAUAAAUGAGCAAAGUUUUCACCUUCUUGAUGAUCGAUUAAUUGAUCAGUUGAUCCCAAAAGGAGGACCGAGGAUGAUCUUCAAGGAUAAAUAUAAGUUGUGGAAGGAAACACAACAUCCAUCAUCAAAUCGGGAAAUGGUUGCUGCUCCUUCUCCAGUUGGCCGUUGGCAUCGGCCACGCCACCUCCACAUUGCAACACAGACUCCACCAUCAACUCAGAAAAUGCUUUAUUCUCCUCCUCCGGUUCCAUCCACCAGUGGCAGAAUUGACACAGGGAAGAGACUGCUGGAUCCUAAGGAGGAGACGCCCAGGAAACGUCAGUGUGUCAUUUCACCAGAUUCACAUUCAGAAGACAUCAUACUGGGUUAUGUGAAAGACACAAUUGCUUUAGUCAGCAAGACACUACAAAAUAAAGACAACACAAGGCUCAAUGCUUUCCUGAAGGAUAAAAUCAAAGAUUUGAAGACAGAAAAAAGGGAACUAGUUGGUGUCUUUGGGAAAACAGGAGCUGGAAAGAGCUCUUUGAUAAAUGCCGUCAUUGAGGAGAAGGAACUUCUGCCGUCUGGGGAUGUCGAUGCAUGUACCUCAGUCAUGAUAAAACUAGAGGCAAACAUGGACACACCAAGAUAUGAGGCACACAUUGAGUUCAUUACGCCAGAGGAGUGGAAAGAUGAACUGUGGUCUAUGGAAAAUAUUCUGGAUGAGCAUGAUGAUGAUUAUAGUGCCACUGAGGACAAGAUUUCAGCACUGUAUGAACAAGAUUGGAAAGAAAUCUCUAACGGCAUGGACAACAAAUAUUUCAAAGAAAUUCCAGAAUUUCUCCAGUCAAGGAAGAAGAUUAUCAAAUGUGACUCGGUUAAAGAACUUGCAGCAAAAUGUGUCAAAUACACAAGAAAUAACAAAAAAGUGGAAAGGUCUAAACUAAAGAGACAGUAUUGGCCAUUAGUGAAGUGUGUGACUCUAAGGGUUCCUGGAAAUGACCUCCUUCAGCAUGUCACAAUUGUGGACCUUCCGGGAACUGGGGAUCGUAACAAAAGCAGAGAUAAAAUGUGGAAAGAGAUUGUUGGAAACUGUUCCACUGUGUGGAUUGUGACUGAAACUACUCGAGCAACAGCAGAGAAAGAAUCUUGGGAGAUCCUGGAAAAUGCCAGUAGGCUAAUGGGAAAUGGUGGCGAGUGUCAGCACAUUCACUUCAUUUGCACCAAGUCUGAUCAAAUUAAUGAUUCAGAUUGUAUGUCACGAGAUGAAGUUCGUAAUCGUGUGCUUGAACGAAACAAAAAAGCCAAACAUGGAGUGAUGAAACAAUUCAGCAAGGAAAACAAAAUUAAGAAACACUUCAGUGAUGACAGUUUCAAAGUGUUCACAGUGAGCUCCAAAGAGUUUCUGAAGAAUAAAUAUCUUGAGCGAGAUGAAACCGAAAUUCCGCGAUUGCAGAAUUUUUUGAAAGACCUGAACGACUCUUACUCGGAGACAUUAAACUAUGUGUCUGGAGCUUGUGGGAUUUUGUCUCUGAUUCAAGGAACAAGAUGCAUGGAAGUGGCUGGUAAAAAAGCAGAGGUGUAUAAGGAUAUUGAAGAGAAGAUGAGCGAUGAACUUGACAAAGUCAAAAAGUCCGUGGAAGAGGCUCAUUCAGCUUUUGAAUCACACCUUGCAGAGGGCGUUGAAAAAUCACUACGUUUAUGUGACAAAACAAUGAAGUCCAUUUUAGAGCCUCCAAGGACAUUAGGUAGCAGCUUUCACAUGAUACUGAAGUAUGUAGUUCAGAACAGUGGGGCCUACAAAUCAAAGAAAGGGAAACCUAAAAACUUAAAUGAGAAGUUAAGUUCACAUCUGACUGACAGCAUUGAUGCAGAAUUCAAGAAGACCUUCCCAAAUGAAAGCAACUCUGGACCUUUCAAGAAUGUCAUCAAAGAGUUUUCACUGAACACAGAGACGCUGAUUCAAAAGUACGAUGACGUCAAACUGCAACUCACUUUUCUCAAGACAGAGGAGGACAAACUCAAACUACAGCUCCACAAAAUCAUCCGGGAUCGUAAGAAGAAGAUCUACAGCAGCCUGACAGACACAAUUGAGGCAAACAUGAAAACAUGCUAUGACGAAGCAAAAGAGAUUCGUGGACCGGGCUCACUGUUAAAAAUGAGGGAGAUUAUUCGGACUCAUGUAUGUGGUACAAAGUACACAAUGUUUGAGAUGGCUAAAAAGAACAUGUUGACACAACUGGAUGCUUUGAAGGAUGAAAUUCUGAAGAAACUCGAGGAAACCCUGAUGGAAUCGAUUGAACUGGCACUCAAGACAGGGAGCGACUCAUUCCCAGAUGUUUCAGAAAACCUUAACAUUGUGACCAACUUCUACACUUACCUGAAAGGCAGGCCAGAGGAACGACCAGGGCCGUCCAACUGAUGACAGGAUUGUGUCUUCGAGGGUUAUAUUUCCCAAGCUUUUUCUAUGGAGACCUCAUUUUUAAAGGUGACAAACCAUCCUGACAAGAGCAGAGUUGUACUUUGUAACAUUUCUGACCAUUUUUAAUGCUGUUUCUGUAUCACCUUAUAUUGUAGGUAAAUUGGCCCUUUCCAUGAGAUAAUUGUGUGAUAAAUAAAUCACAGCUUCAUUUUAUUAAUGUACAAUUUAAAAAUGAUAAUUACUAUGAGAUAAGUGAGCGUGUUUGCUUUUUACAUGCUUUUUCUGUGCUUUGUGUUAUUUCAGUGAAAAUAGAAAAUCCAAGUUCACACUUGUAGGUUUUUCCCAGUGUAAGUUUGGCUAACUUUAGCUGCAGGCUGUUUUUUAACUGGACUUUUUGUAAUGUAUAUUGUAAUGGGGCCCUGAAGCCAAAUAACACUGGUUAUUAUGUGAUGGCCCCUUAGGCUAUGGUAUCCACCCCUGAUGUCUUGAUGGGGCCCUCAGUCAAAUAACAAAGGCUAUGGGAUAUGUCUAAUAGGGCCCCUCAGUCAUAUUAUUAUUAUGAUUUUAUUAUAUUAAAUACUGCUCCAUGAAGUGCUAACCUUGAAUAGAUUGUAGAAGCUUUCAUCAUUUGAUACAGACUUUAUGACUUUUCAUGUAAUGAUCUGAAAUAAAAUGUUUUUUCUUCCAUGUUUAGAGACAAAACUGUCACAUGUAUAGAAAUCUUCUAUUUCUAUUGAAACUUGACCAUUGCUGUAAGAUCUGCAGUAUGUCAGCAUCGUACUGUUCAUGUGAUAGAUUUUUGCUUCUUUUGAUUUCUCUAAAUAUAUUUGUUAUUUCAUUGAUACAUGAUUCUUGUGUUCUGAACAAAUAAAACAAAAGAAAAGAAAAAA